AUGGCUGUCAAUGGCGUAGGAGAUGUCAUUGCUCUAGUACAGAUCACCGCACAGGCUGCCAAAACACUUCACGAAGCCAAACACGCACCGGAUGAGAUCCAGCGCUUCAUUCACGAGACCGACCGUUACCAAUCAUGCGUGGAAUCCGCUGCAGGACGGCUCCGGCGUCAUGGCGCGCUGUUGAAGUCGCAUGACGAUGUGAAGAGGAAUAUCCAGGGUGUCCUCGAACAAUGUGCAGACACGACGCUCAAGUUACGCAAGAUCGCGACCAAGUACCAGCAGGUCGUCAGGAAGAGAGGAGCCGCCACGGGCAAGGAGGCAGCCUGGCAGCUGUGGGUUGAAGCUUUCAAGACUGUGUUCCACUCGAUCGAGUGGACAACAAAGGCUGAGAUGAUCGACAAACUCCGUGCCGAACUCUCGCGCAAUGUGCAAAUGUUGACCUGGCUGGAGGGUGGACUGGUUUCUGAUCGAAUGGACCAGCUCUUGCUGGAGAUGGGCAAGAUCCAAGAUAUCUUGACCUCCGCCAUAUCCAGUCCUUUGCGGACACCCCUGACCAGCCCGUUUGGACUAUCGCCGAUCUCACCGUCGGCCACCUUAUGCCCCAGCAGUCAAGCAACCCCUUCUGGACCUGAACCGAAUGCACAAACUCAAGCUAUGGCUCCUUUGACCCUGACAGACCCGAUGCUUGACCUCAACGAUGAUUGGCAUUUCGACCACAACAUCGAUUCACAGCUGACAUUUCCGAAGAAAUUCAGUUUCGCUGGUACUACGCCGGGCGACGAAUACCGUCACGUCAAGCUUGCAUCCAACCAGGAACAGCAGCAGUUCGUCCAGCAGAUUAUUGCCAACAAGGCCUUCUCUGAGAUUCCCGUGAUGUCCGUUUGCUUCAUCUGGCAAAAGCCUGGCUCCUCGGACGGCGUGCGGAUAGAAGCGAGUGAUGCCGGCAAGGUCUUGCUCGUCAAGAAUGGCAACGCGGUGGAAGACAUCUGGACCUUGAACGACAAGAAGACGAUCCGGUUCCGCCAGCGAGUGCCGACUUGGGACGACAUCAUCCCCUACUCGAUCAACGGAGAUGAAUUCACAGCCGUGGUAGAGCAGGGGGAAGGUCUCACAUUCUUCACAAUCGAGCAUGGCCAACGGCAGGACCAUCCCAAGAUUGCGACCACUUGGGUCAACUACACAUUCGGGAGUAAAGCCGACUGUGAGCACUUUCAGGAGAUUCUAUACGGGUGGGAUCUCCGCCUUCUAGUGCCCGUCAGCGAGAUAUGCCGCCCGCACAAGGGACGGGAUGACGACCGCCUCGUCGGAUGCGAAAACGUGCGCGUCUGGGAACGUGGGCCGGAGAUGCGCCUCAUGGCCCAUCUUAUCCGGGAACGAGGCAAGCGGAGGAAAAAGUACCUGGAAUUUGACCUAUGUCAGGAGGGGAUCAAGAUCGAGGGUAAGGGCACCAGGAAAAAGCCCGUCCUCCAAUUAAGUGGCAUCAGCGCCACCAUUGGUGAGUUCGAGCUGGGGAGGAAAGGCUCGACCACGUCUCUCCACUCUUUUUCCUCAUCGAGCUCGUUCAUGCGCCGGCUGUCGGGCAAUCUGAGUCCGCCAUGGCUGGAUAAGCUGGACAUAUAUUUCCGCAGUACAGAGCACCGCGACAGUCUUCUUCAUCUGGCACUCAGCUGCAGCGCGAAGCAGAGGGCAGCCGCAGAGAAAAGGGAAGGCGGAUGA